CUAUAUAAGCCGGGAGUAGUAGCGCUUCUGCUCGUGGCCGUUAGGCUCUGCAAGAAGCAACAACAGGUCAGAUGUCACAGGUUGAGUCGAGCUUGAGAAUGGCGUCUUCAGCUGCUUCCAUGCUCGACAUGGCGUUGCUACUUGCAGUCUUUGCCUCCAUCCUAGCAGGAACGGCAGCGGUUGGAGUAUGCUGGGGCAUGAGCGGCGACAACCUGCCGCCGGCGAGCAAGGUCACCGAGAUGCUCCGCGAGAACGGCUUCACCGUCGUGCGCCUCUACGCGCCGGACAGCGCCGCGCUCGCGGCGCUCGGCGGCACGGGCAUCCGCGUCGUCGUCGGCGCGCCCAACUACGACCUCCCCGCCCUGGCGCACGGCGGGACCGCCGCCGCGGCCGCCUGGAUCCGCGAGAACAUCCAGGCCUACCCGACGGUCCUGUUCCGGUUCGUCGUCGUGGGCAACGAGGUCGCCGGCGCCGACACGCAGCUCCUCGUCCCGGCCAUGGAGAACGUCCACGCCGCGCUCGCGGCGGCCGGGCUGGGACACAUCAAGGUGACGACGUCGAUCUCCCAGGCCACCAUCGGCGUCCACAUCCCGCCGUCCGCCGGCGAGUUCACCGACGAGGCGAAGCCGUUCAUGAGCUACGUGAUCCCAUUCCUGGAACGGACGCACGCGCCGCUGCUGGCCAACCUGUACCCAUACUUCAUCUACUCAUACAACCCGGGCGGCAUGGACAUCAGCUUCGCGCUGUUCACGGCGAGCGGCGCGGUGGUGCAGGACGGGGAGUACGGGUACCAGAACCAGUUCGACGCGACGGUGGACGCGCUGUACACGGCGGUGGCGAAGCUCGGGGGAGAGAACGUGAGGGUGGUGGUGUCUGAGACCGGGUGGCCGACGGCGGGCGGCGUGGGCGCGUCGGUGGAGAACGCCAUGACAUUCAACCAGAACCUGGUGAGGCACGUCCGGAAUGGCACGCCGCGGCAUCCCGGGAAGAAGACGGAGACGUACGUGUUCGCCAUGUUCAACGAGAACCUCAAGGAGGCCGGCGUGGAGCAGAAUUGGGGCCUCUUCUACCCCAGCACCGAUAGGGUCUACCCCAUUAGCUUCCAUGCCCGUAUUUGACACGGACACGGAUCCUCUGCAGUGCUGUUGGUACAGUAGCAAUUACGAGCGGCAGCCAGUAGUUUGAUCCUAUAUAAUAGUGGCUCAUCCUAUAUCAGCGGUAAUGCAGAGAAUUCCCGUCGGGUCUGAACAUACCAUCGGUUGGUCGAAACAUAUGUAUGCGGCCGUGCUACGUGCUGACUACUUCUGUAUGCGUAUCUGUACAGUAAUUGGUUGUGAACGCGAGGAGAGGUCAACAUGUAUAGCACGAGCCUGGAGAUAGAGGGGUGUAUACGUUUGUUAUUGUGUCAGUAUUGUGUAUUUUUCAUCGUGUGCCUGCGAUUUGUACUAUUCCUAAUUUAUACUUAUGUUGUUUUUAUUUCUUUUUAUUCA